AUGGCUCCUCAGACCCUUGCAGAGAAGGCUAAGGCCAAACUUCAGGCUGUACUGGAGGAUCCCAACAGAAACGAUUCUAGCUCCUAUAAACAGAGAGUCAUGACUACCAAGACACCUGCUACCGGCUCCGAUUGGACUAAUAGCUGGGUCCGGAGAAAUAGUAAUGAUCGCCGAGCUAGUGUUGGAAGCGACGGCUCGACUGGAUCGCCUGUACGACGCAGGUCAAGCUUCCAGGAAUGGUUAUAUCCUUCUGCACGCUGA